GGUGCGCCCAGCUGUACAAGAGGGAAGAUUUCGUGCUCCUAACCUCAAAGUCUUCUCUUUCGCCUCUUCAAGCACCAUUUCUUAACUUCUCCAGCACUUGGUCAGCCCGAAUAAUUUUUUUGCCAAUCAGUUAGAUGCUCUGGUUUGUUGCCCAAAUAAGAGUAUGAAUCCCAUUCAGAGUCCAGAGAAGGCAACGAGGGAGAGGAUGCCGCCGCGCCGAGCAUGAUAUGAUAUUGAAGAAGAAAUUUAUCUGAGCAACCUUCUGGCUAAUCUGAUCCAUUGGGGCAAGGAUGGGCAAAGUGCCGUCACAGAAGGACAUCUUUGAGGUUUCAGGACCUACCUAUUUGACAUACGUGAAUUGGAACUGCCCACACCACCAGCGAUCGGCCAUGGCGAGCCUCGUGCAAGGCGUGUACGUCCUGGAGCGCGACCGGCAGUGGAACCGCCAGGGCCCCGACGCCCGCGCGCCGGCGUGGUGGAAAUUCUUCAACUUCGAGCUGCGGCAGGCGCUCGUGGACGCCGCCGACUCCUCCAUCUUCGGCGCGGUGUACGCGUUCCAGCCGCCGUACCACCUCAUGGACCCCGCGGCGGCCGCCAGCGCGCCGCACUACGUCGUCGCCUUCCGAGGGACCGUCACCAAGAAGGCCUCCGCGUCCAGGGACCUCGAGCUCGACCUCCUGCUCGUCCGGAGCGGCAUCGAGCACACCUCCCGCUUCCGCGUCGCGAUGCAGACCAUCCACGACGUCGCGAGGCACGGCCGCGUCUGGCUGGCCGGCCACUCGCUGGGGUCCGCCAUCUCAACCCUCGCCGGAAAGACCAUGGCCCGGGCGGGCGUCGUCCUCACCACAUUCCUCUUCAACGCGCCGUUCCUGUCGGCGCCGGUGGAGAGGAUCCCGCACAAGAAGGUGAAGCAGGGCAUCCGCAUCGCCAAGAGCUUCGUCACGGCCGGCGUGGCCACCGUCCUGCACAAGGGCGGCGGCAGCAGCGACAAAGCCUUCGCGGCCCUGGCGCGGUGGGUGCCGAACGUGCUGGUGAACCCGGCGGACCCCAUCAGCGCGGAGUACGUGGGGUACUUCGACCACCGCAAGAAGAUGGAGGACAUCGGCGCGGGCGCCGUCGGGAGGCUGGCGACGAGGCACUCGGUCAAGGACCUGCUGCUGGGCAUCGGCAAGCCGGGCGGCUGCGAGCCGCUGCACCUGUUCCCUUCGGCCGUCCUGACGGUGAACCGCGGCCCGUCGCCGGACUUCAAGUCGGCGCACGGGAUCCACCAGUGGUGGAGGCCGGACUUGGCCCUGGAGUGCAGGGCCUAUUCGUACGCUUGAUCGGCUGGCAAACCUCCUCUGGAUCCUGGCUCUCGUAGAAACUGAAACUCGAAAAUGAUUUGUGUUGGCUGCAGAGCCUGAAACUGUCAACGCAGAAGAGAAGACAAGAUUUAUACUACUACUGUAGUUUUGAACUUUCGAUUCAAGGCAUGCCCAGUAGCACAAC